AGCGUAUGGAAUUAGCUUUCUUCACCAGCCAACUAAUAAGCGCUGCACCGCGCAUGUGCCAGUUUAAUGAUUUUAUGGACUCAAACUCGUUGAAUGCUACGCAUCAAGACGAAGUCAACGGCCAGUUCUAACAGUAAAUACUCGUGAACUCGCAGCAGACGAAGACCACUACAAUCGGAAUAUCGACGCUAACGCGCGCUGUGCCAACACAUUUGCAAAUUGUUAAAAAUUCUGCUAUACGCAAUUUUUCGAAAAGCCUGAAAGUAUACUAGGAAUUUAGGAAAAGUGUAAACUGCAGUUUUUGAAGUGCUAACUACAUUGUGGCAGUGCGGAAAUACACAAAAUUAAAAGUUUUAACAAGUAUUACCUGCGCAAGCCGAACACCUACGCGUAAUACGCAAAAAUAAUAAUUAUACAGUGAAAUACGAAACACCAACACAAUUGGAGAGUACAACACACAUAAUAUUAUAAAAUUCAAAACAAAAAGUAAAAGUAUUUUUAAUAAUAAAAGAGUAAUAGGAGUCAUUGAAAGGUUUGGCGAGGUGUAAGCGACGAAAGCGGCCUAUAGUAAAAAGUGUGAUUCAUACAAUCCUUGCUACCUGCAGGCAUCGCGUAACCGCAAGUGUCCGCGGCAAAACCCACCCUCACCAAUAACAAUAAAACCAAUAACAAACAUCCUUACCACCACCAAGUACAAAGCAUAGAUUUCGAAAGAACACGCUAGAGCGUAUGGAACUCGUCUGGGAACAGCAGCUCAACAACACACCGCAGAUAAAUACGACAUCGACGACUACGAGGACGACGACGAGGACGACGACUUCGUCAAUCGCGAAGACAAUUCUCUUCGAUUCAGCGAAUAGUAAUUACAGCUGCUUGUUUAUUCGUGUGAGCCAUUUUGGAAAAAUCGAUUAAGUUUGUCGAAGUUUUCAAACGCAAUGCGUAUUAACACAAUCAAGCUCAGAUAAAACAAUAAAACAGUUUUUUGUGAUUAGCAAAAGAAAUUGCCUAAACAUUUAAUGCGUAGAUGUAGAUGCGCUUGAGAUUUUUAAUAGAUUUCGGUAAAAACUGCCAAUACGCGUUAUUCAACAACGUCAACAAGCUGGUGGUGAACACUCAGCACAACAACAACAAAUACAACUAAAAAGCGACGCAUUAACAGAUUUGUUGCAAUCAAGAUGGGCGACGAGUACAGCCCAGAUGUCAGCUCCAUGGAGACAAUAAUUCCAGCGAUUUUGGGUUUUGCUGCCGCUGCAGCACUCUCAGCUGUGGUAUACAUUUGUGCUAAGCGAAUACGUGCACGCAACCGUAAGCAGAAUCAGCAUGACGCAUCAUUUCCCUUUCAGCCAACAAGGCGCCCAACUGCUGUGCGCUCGCCAAGCGGCCAACCACCACACUAUCUGAAAAAAUCUCCAUCGCCGACUGGCACCAAACAAUUGGGCAUUUUGCAGCCAAUGCAAGAUCAGAACACCUCCCCGAUUGCACCGCCGACUAUGAAAUAUGUGGAGGAAGAUGAGAUACAACCAACCCGACACAGUCGCCAGCUAAUGAACGGCGAACAGAAGCAUUCCCCUACCAUUGAGACACACGCCACCGUCGUUGGUCAGACCACAGGCGGUAAUGGCAACAAUAAUGGCCACAAUCACUAUCAUCACCAUCAUUUGAGUGCCAUGGAAGACACAGCCAAGGAAUUGACUAUCGAUCAGUAUGGAAAAUUGGGCACGAUUUACUUUAAGCUACGCUAUUUGGCCGAACGCAAUGCACUAAUGGUGUCGAUUAUACGUUGUCGCGGUUUACCCUGUAAGAGUGGUGGUGGCGGUUCCGGUACCGGCAAUGGCGCUAGUGGUGAUGGUGGUGGUAACAGCAAUGGCAACAAAAACGGUUCCAAUGGUUCUAAUGACUUACCGACUAGCUUGAAUGGACGUACUCAAACUGCCACCGAUCCGUAUGUAAAGCUUCAACUUUUGCCCGACAAACAGCAUAAGGUGAAGACUCGCGUUGUACGCAAUACACGCAAUCCAGUAUACGAUGAGGAUUUCACAUUUUACGGCUUGAACAUCAGCGAUCUACAGAAUAUGUCGCUGCACUUUGUUAUACUCAGCUUCGAUCGUUAUUCGCGUGAUGAUGUCAUUGGCGAGGUAGUCUGCCCAUUAUCAUCCAUUGAAAUCGGUGACAUCUCCAAGGAGGCACUUUCUAUUAGCAAGGAAAUACAGCCACGUAGUUUAAAGAUUCGUGCUCAAGGACGUGGCGAGUUGUUGAUUUCACUGUGCUGGCAACCGGCUGCUGGUCGUUUGACUGUUGUCCUAUUGAAGGCCCGCAAUUUGCCCCGCAUGGACGUGACCGGUUUAGCCGAUCCAUACGUUAAGAUCUAUUUGUUGUAUAAUGGACAACGCAUUGCGAAGAAGAAGACUCACGUCAAGAAGCGCACACUUAGUCCAGUAUUUAAUGAAAGUUUCGCGUUCGACAUACCUGCUGCAGAGGGUAUCGGCGCCACACUCGACGGUGUUUCACUGGAGUUGAUGCUUUUGGACUGGGAUCGGGUUACCAAGAAUGAGGUAAUUGGUCGUUUGGAACUAGGCGGUCCAAACUCUGGUGGCACAGCGCUGAACCAUUGGAAUGAAGUGUGUAAUUCACCACGAAGACAAAUUGCCGAAUGGCACAAGCUCAACGAGUAAGAUAACAACAAUAAGUUACAGUAAAACAAUGAAAAGUGAAGGAAAAAUAGACGAAAACUAUUUUCGGCUAGAAAUGUAUUUCUGUUGUGGGCACAGAUUUUGUACUGAAAAUAUAAAACCUGCUAAAUUAUGUUCAAGUAAUGCAAAACCACUUACGCAUACAUGCAUACAUAUGUAUGUACGUGUAAUCAUACCACACACAAUACAGAUAUAAGCAAAUACAUAUAUGCAUGUUUAUAUGCUAAACGCGUACAAAAGAGUUUGAACCAAAUGAAAUUCAUAAUUCCACUUACUAAUGAAAGCGCAAGUUUGCAAAACUUAUAAAUCAGCUUUCGAUUAUAAAACUGCAAUAGCAUGCUCACCUAUAACUGUAAUAUAAGCAUAAAACCUGUAUGUACGUAUUAGCAACGCAGUUCCAAACAGGGAAAGAUCACAGAAACACACACACACACACACAAUCAAAUGUUGAAUUUAUAAAAAAACUUACUCUUACAUACUUACUUUUAAAAUAAUUUGAUAAAAUUGAAGUGAGACGCAAUUAAAGUAGUAGUGUGUGGAUUUGUUAGCAAAGGAUUUCAAUUAGUAGACAAAUUUUAUGUAAUAUUACGGUAAUAUUUAGAUGAAGGGCAUUCUUUUGGAUAACUGCGUGUUUUUGCUAUUUUUUAAAAACUUUUGUUUUCGCGCUUCGCCUUUAAUUUAAGCUAAAAAAUUACCACAAACACUUCAAAGGCGCUUAAUUUUCAUACAAUAAUGUGCUUUGUAAGAAAAAUAAGAAAAGUUUGUUUAACUUAAUUUAAAGCCUUUUCACUGCUCAACAAGUAAGAUUUUCUUUGUAUAAAUUUGAUAUUUUUAUUUGAAUAUUAAGAGUUUCGCAAAGAAAACACCAAAUUAUAUUCAAAAUAUGUAAAAUAUGUUUGUGUAAAAAAUAGUUGUAUGAAUAUUUAGCAGACUGUAAGAAAUUAUUUGUAAAAUAUAAUACUCAAUUAUAUAAUUACGCAGAACGGAGGCGCGAAAUUGCUACGCAGUUGCGGUUACAAAACAGUUUUCGUGCUUUUUCAACACAUAAAUUUAUUUUUGAAAGACUUAAGUAGAGAGCUGGCUUCAAAGUCUACAAAAUAGCAAUCUUUUGGCAGGGAAAGAAAUAACUGAUUAAAGCGAAAUUUCUAUAGUUUAUAGCUAUAUAUUUAGAAAUCAUCCGAAAAUUUUUUGGAUACGAGAUCUUUGAUAUUCUGCAAUUGCUCGAUGCAUCCUGCAUAUGCAUUUAUCAGACGGCGGUCAGGAUGCAGGUCGCAAUUUCUAACGGAAACGAAAAAUUCAAAGAGCUCCAUAUUUGUUAAUAACUUAUAAUAAACUAAGAAAAUUCCAAAAAAAAGUGUAACAUCCCACACUUAUUUAAAAAUUGAUAGAACCAUGGUUAAAAAUAUGC